AACUUAUUAAAAUAGCGUUUGAAUUACCUUAAUGAGAGAUGAAAUUUAAAUUUGUUUCCUCAAACAUAUUGCGUUCAUAAUCACGGCCACUGCAGUAAAAACAAGAAUAGCGGUCAAUCGGCCUUCUUCCUUUUCAAAAACAAACCUAAAAUGCCAUCUCACCUCUUCACUCCAUCCUUCCCUUUCGCCACCGAUGCCGCUGACUCUCUUCUCUCUCCUCAUCACGCUCGCCGCCGCGGCCUACUCCCAAACCACCCCCUCCUUCCCCAACUGCGACCGCACCUUCUCAUGCGGCGCUCUUGUCAACAUCUCCUACCCCUUCAUCGGCGGCGCCCGCCCCUCCCACUGCGGCCGCCCCGACUUCGCCCUCACCUGCCGGAGCAACAAUGUCACCGAGUUGACUCACAACUCGUUCACCUACCGAGUGUUGCUACUUGAUCAGGCUCAGAAGCGCCUCGUUCUCUCCCGCUCCGAUCUAUACGACUCCACCUGCCCUUCCCAAUUCCGGAAUUCGACCCUCAAUUCCACUCUUCUCUACUCCGACGCACCACGAAACGAGGAACUCACUCUGUUCUACGGCUGCAACGCCACCGCCAUGACCAUCCGGCCGCACAAUCUCUUCAAUUGUAGCUCUGGCAGAUUCAAUUUCAGCGACGCAUAUUACUUGGUCGGACCUGUGCCGCGUGACCCGAUUUUGAGAAUCAUAUAUUGUAGUAUGAGCAUCAGCCUGCUGGUUUUGAAGGAGGUCGGCGAUGAGCUGGCGGAUUCGCGCCUGAGCCUUGGGGAGGCACUGAUGCAGGGUUUUAGUGUGAAUUAUAGUGUUCCUGAAGAGAGAACGUGCUCUGAGUGCUAUAGAUUGAGUGGGCAAUGUGGGUAUGAUUCUGUGACGAGUCAACUCGUUUGUGUUUGUGGCGAUAGACCUUGUACUUUUGCUUUGACACUACCUCCAGAGGGUAGUCAGAGUGCUCAAGGUAUUCGGAAUUUCUGUUCUGAUUAGCAGAGCCCAUAGUUUUUGAGUUUUGAUUUUUAUCAAUUUGUCUAUAUGUUCUUUCGGUGGAAUUUAUUGUUUGAAUUUGUUUAGUAGUUUGAUACUGAUCAUAUGUUUCUGGAUCUCUGUAUUUAAACGUGCUUCUAUUUUAAAAUUACCUGUGCAUUUCUGCGCUGUCACCAGCAAAGAGGUCAAUGAUUUAGUUUUUAAUACUAAUUUGGAAUCUUUGGUU